UUCAGACACAAUCACUCCUGCGGAUGUUGGGCUCAGAGAUGAUAAUAUUGAGGAUGACAGGGGGCAUGGAUUUUUUGAGUCCAACUUCCUCAAGAGUUCAGCGAGGGUGGCCCGAUGGGCGCAGCCUAUCACCUACCUUCAUAUCUACGAAUGCGACGCUUUCUCUAUUGGAAUAUUCUGCUUACCAACUUCAGCCGUCAUUCCUCUGCAUGAUCAUCCAGGAAUGACUGUAUUGAGCAAAAUCCUUUAUGGUUCCAUGCAUGUGAAAUCUUAUGAUUGGAUAGAGCCUACUGUGCUAGCAAGUAGCCAGCCAGCAAGACUAGCCAAGUUACAUAUGGAUGAUGUUCGGACUGCCCCGUGUCCAACCUCCGUUUUGUAUCCCCAAAGUGGUGGGAAUUUGCACUGCUUUACUUCAGUAUCUUCAUGUGCUGUUCUUGACGUCCUUGCCCCACCAUAUUGCGAAGAUGCUGGUCGGAUCUGCACAUAUUUUCACGAUUAUCCAUUUUCUAGCCUCUCAGCAACAGCUGGACUUGCAAAGGUAGCUGGCAACCCAGAUAAUUACGCAUGGCUGGAGGCCAUAAACACUCCAGUUAAUAUUUACAUGCGCACUGGCAUGUAUACUGGUCCACCUGUACAGGAACUUCAGACAUAAGAAAUCCAAGAUGAACCAGAUCAUCAGGCAGUGCAUUACCUGAUAGUACACUUCAAAUGUAAUGCCUUGAGUGUUCUAUUUUCAUGGUCAGCUUUUCCCCUUUGUUCUCCUUUGUUCAGAAGCUGUUGGGCUUCAGUGAAGAGAUAAGUUUUCACAGUAGUUUCUCAGGCAGUUUAUUAGUGAGGGGUUCAGGUUCAGUGGCCAGAGCAGCUGUUCAGAGAUUGUAGCUUAAUUAUGUUGUUCAACGCUGGUAUGAUUUUGAAUGCAAAAUUUGUUACUGGUGUUGCUA